UAAAAGUAGAAACUUCAAAGCCUAAAUUAACAACAUUCAGUGGUGUUGUGCACGUGUUUUUAUUUAGGCAAAACUAAAAAUUAAGAAUGAAAAUUUUAUCAGAGGACCGAACGAGGUUAUUAUUUGAAAAGUUGACUAAAUAUAUUGGCGUAAAUGUUAAGCUGCUUAUAGACAGACCAGAUGGCACCUAUUGCUUUAGAGAGAAGAAAGAUCGUGUAUACUACAUAUCAGAGCGUUUAUUGCAAUUAGCCCACACGGUGAAGCCAGACCACUUAAUUUCGGCAGGAACAUGUUUUGGUAAAUUUACAAAGACCAAUAAGUUUAGACUACACAUUACAGCGUUAACAUAUAUUGCUCCAUACGCUCCUUACAAGCUGUGGGUUAAACCAUCAUCAGAACAACAAUUUUUAUAUGGACACCAUGUUAUUAAAAGUGGUCUUGGGAGAAUAACAGAAAAUACACCAAAAAAUCAAGGAGUAGUUAUCUUAACCAUGUCAGACAUUCCGAUAGGCUUCGGAGUUACAUCUAGAUCAACAACAGAUUGUAGACAUGCUGACCCGCUAGCGACUAUUGCCUUCCACCAAGCUGAUAUAGGAGAAUAUAUAAGAUCGGAAGACACAUUAGUAUAAUAAAUGUAGUUUUUAAUA